AUGAAAGCUCGAGAUGCAAACCUCCAUGUUCAAAAUUUAAAAAUUGAAAAAGAUUUUAAAAAAGCUUGGUUUCGAUUGGUGGCUCAGCAUCCACAACCAAACGUUACCUUAAGAUUUUUAAUGAAAUUACACAAUGAAACAGUGACAAUAGAAUUAAAGAAUGGUACAAUUAUACAUGGAACUAUAGUCGGCGUUGACGUUAGUAUGAAUACACAUCUCAAGACUGUAAAGUUAACAUUAAAAGGAAAGAACCCAAUCAAUCUCGACACACUCAGCAUCAGAGGCAACAAUAUCAGAUACUAUAUAUUACCAGAGUCACUCAAUCUUGGAACACUCCUAGUUGAUGAUGGUCCAAAGAAAUUGAAAAAGAAACCACAAAAAGAAAAACCAGCAACUACAUCAGCACCAAUGAGAGGUGGAAGAGGUGGAAUGAGAGGAGGAAGAGGCGGAGGUAUGAGAGGAGGUGGUGUUGUCACGCCAACUUUGCAAACCUAUCAUAUCAAUUCAUUUAGUGUCACCAACCAUCCACCAACUAGAGCUCUAACUCCAUCAACUUAG